GAGCCCUUCUUUUACCUCUUUGGGGAAUGGCGAGAAAAAUGAACAGCAAUAACCCGACGCUGCACGGCUUCCAUCCCCUAACUCGCCGAAGGGAAAGAAGCCAUGCGGGUUGCGGUGGGAAUGCAGAUACGUCCCCAGCGGCGGGCGGGGCCUGAAGGUGGGCGGGGCCGCGGCGCCGGCGCACGCCACAGAGGGGGGCGUGGCCGGCUCGGCGCGCGCGCCCCCCUCCUUUCCUUCCGCAGGCCCACCGGUGAUCAGCUGGUCUGCGCUCCUCUGACGUGAGCCUGGGCACGUCACCGCCGAAUGGCAGCCUCCAGAAAGGCACCGCGAGUAAGGGCAAAUUACCAGGAUUUUCAGCUGAAGAAUUUAAGAAUAAUUGAACCUAACGAGGUGACACGUUCAGGAUACCCAGGUGUAGGAACAGACGGCAGAAUGGCUCCAAAGGUAACUUCAGAGCUGCUUCGGCAGCUGAGACAAGCCAUGAAGAACUUGGAGUAUGUGACAGAACCAAUCCAGGCCUACAUCAUCCCAUCGGGAGACGCCCACCAGAGUGAGUACAUUGCUCCAUGUGAUUGUCGGCGGGCCUUCGUCUCUGGAUUCGAUGGCUCUGCAGGCACAGCCAUCAUCACAGAAGAGCACGCGGCCAUGUGGACAGAUGGGCGUUACUUUCUCCAGGCUGCCAAGCAGAUGGACAGCAACUGGACACUCAUGAAGAUGGGUCUGAAGGACACACCAACUCAGGAAGACUGGCUGGUGAGUGUACUUCCUGAAGGAUCCAGGGUUGGUGUGGACCCAUUGAUCAUUCCUACAGAUUACUGGAAGAAGAUGGCCAAGGUUCUGAGAAGCGCUGGCCACCACCUUGUUCCUGUCAAGGAGAACCUUGUGGACAAGAUCUGGACAGACCGCCCUGAGCGUCCGUGCAAGCCCCUCCUCACCCUGGGCCUGGAUUACACAGGCAUCUCCUGGAAAGACAAGGUUGCAGACCUUCGGUUGAAAAUGGCCGAGAGGAAUGUCGUGUGGUUUGUGGUCACUGCCCUGGAUGAGAUUGCGUGGCUCUUCAAUCUCCGAGGAUCAGAUGUGGAGCACAAUCCGGUAUUUUUCUCCUAUGCAAUCAUAGGACUAGAAACAAUCAUGCUCUUCAUUGACGGUGACCGCAUAGACACCCCCAGUGUUAAGGAACACCUGCUUUUUGACUUGGGCCUGGAAGCCGAAUACAGAAUCCAGGUGCUUCCCUACAAGUCCAUCCUGAGCGAGCUCAAGGUCCUGUGUGCCAGCCUGUCGCCUAGGGAGAAGGUGUGGGUCAGUGACAAGGCCAGCUAUGCCGUGAGCGAGGCCAUCCCCAAGGAUCAUCGCUGCUGUAUGCCUUACACCCCCAUCUGCAUCGCCAAAGCUGUGAAGAAUUCUGCCGAAUCAGAAGGCAUGAGGCGAGCUCAUAUUAAAGAUGCCGUUGCCCUCUGUGAACUCUUUAACUGGCUGGAGAAAGAGGUGCCCAAAGGUGGCGUGACGGAGAUCUCAGCUGCUGACAAAGCUGAGGAAUUCCGCAGGCAGCAGGCUGACUUUGUGGACCUGAGCUUCCCAACAAUUUCCAGUACGGGACCCAACGGCGCCAUCAUUCACUACGCGCCAGUCCCUGAGACGAAUAGGACCUUGUCGCUGGAUGAGGUGUACCUCAUUGACUCGGGUGCACAGUACAAGGAUGGAACAACAGAUGUGACUCGUACCAUGCAUUUUGGAACCCCUACGGCAUAUGAGAAGGAAUGCUUCACAUAUGUCCUCAAGGGCCACAUAGCUGUGAGCGCUGCCGUUUUCCCGACCGGGACCAAAGGCCACCUUCUGGACUCCUUUGCCCGCUCUGCUUUGUGGGAUUCUGGCCUGGAUUAUCUGCACGGAACAGGACACGGGGUCGGGUCUUUUCUGAAUGUUCACGAGGGUCCUUGUGGCAUCAGUUAUAAAACAUUCUCCGAUGAGCCCUUGGAGGCGGGCAUGAUUGUCACCGAUGAGCCAGGGUAUUACGAAGAUGGGGCUUUUGGAAUUCGCAUUGAGAAUGUUGUCCUGGUGGUUCCUGUGAAGACCAAGUAUAACUUUAAUAACCGGGGAAGCCUGACCUUUGAACCUCUAACUUUGGUUCCCAUACAGACCAAAAUGAUAGACGUGGAUUCCCUUACAGACAAAGAGUGUGACUGGCUCAACAACUACCAUCUGACCUGUAGGGAUGUAAUCGGGAAGGAACUGCAAAAACAGGGCCGCCAGGAAGCGCUCGAGUGGCUCAUCAGAGAGACACAGCCCAUCUCCAAACAGCAUUAAUAUCUCCCUGAUUUUUUUUAAAAAACGCUCUGGGGAAAGGAAGAAGCCUGGCACACCCCCAACAUCUUCCCCCUUUUGUCUCCUUCCUUACCUCCCCUUUUUACUUUUAGACUCUAAGAAGAACUGAAAAUCUUCUUAUCCUCUUUGAUAUUUUCUUGCAAACACUUGAUCUUUUAUGAUUUUUUUUUAAAUUGUUGAGAACUAGCAAAGAAUAAAUUGCUGCCCCAGAGGAGGAUUCCCCACAAAGCCCAGUGCUCGGAUCAGGGGCGAUGCCCUGAGCAGCCGCGGGGGAUCCAGUGUUUGGCGAUGGCGAAGCAGUGAGCGGUCUGCGACCGCCACGUUCCGGUGCUAGUACAUCAUUCAUGGCCACCUUCCUGUGCACGAGACUGUAUUUAUCAUCAGUGAAUAAAAUGUCAGAAUGGGCUUUGUC